AUGCCGCCAGGCGAGUUGGUCCACUUUGAUGCUCUCGCAUACGACAACAGCUCUGAGAAAGACGAAAUACUUCAAGUGGAGCAAUUGUCUCAGGACACUAGUCAUCAGAUGCCGGCACCCGUUGUGCUGAGCGGCACGCAGGCCGUCCCGAAAUUCAACAGCACAGCUCCAGACAGGAUUCGUGUCCUCCUGGCCGUCUAUCGCGUACAGAGCCACAAUCUUGACCUUGUAAUGACUAUGAACGUCCCGACGGAGACCCAUGACGGUGGAGCCGUCAACAGUGCCGAUUGGGCAAACGCACAGGAUGUGUUCCUCGUCGCUGCACGCUCGUUGAAGAUCAUCGACUAUGGUCUUUUCGCUUAG